UCGGCGCUAGCUGUUGUUGCUCUAGCCGUUCCGUCCCAGGACCCAAAUUCACUGCCAUGUCUUCUGAAGAAGGGAAACUCUUCGUGGGAGGUCUUAACUUCAACACCGAUGAGCAGGCGUUGGAAGAUCACUUCAGCAGCUUUGGGCCUAUCUCUGAGGUGGUGGUCGUCAAGGAUCGGGAGACUCAACGAUCCCGGGGAUUUGGUUUUAUCACCUUCACCAAUCCAGAACAUGCUUCAGAUGCCAUGCGAGCCAUGAAUGGAGAGUCCCUGGAUGGUCGCCAGAUUUGUGUGGAUCACGCGGGCAAGUCUGCCCGGGGGACCCGAGGGGGUGCCUUUGGUGCCCAUGGGCGUGGUCGCAGCUACUCCAGAGGUGGUGGGGACCAGGGCUAUGGGAGCAGCAGGUAUGACAGUCGACCUGGAGGAUACGGAUAUGGAUACGGAAGAUCCAGAGACUAUAGUGGCAGAAGCCAGGGUGGUUAUGACCGCUAUUCUGGAGGAAAUUAUAGAGAUAAUUACGACAACUGAGAUGAGGCAUGCACAUAAUGUAGAUACACAAGGAAUAAAAAUUCUUCUGAACCAGGAUCGUCCUUCCAGAUGGCUGUAUUUAUAAAAGAUUUUUGGAGCUGCACUGAAACAUCUUUGUUUUAGUACAUCAACUUCUAUUUUUGAAUUAAGCUCCCAGGGUAGCCUGUUAAAAGACCUUUUAGUAAAUGCCAUAUGUUUUUAAAACUUUUUUCUCCCAUUUAAAGACAAAUUCUGCGACA